AUGGAAGAAAAUAGAGAGGGCUAUGGCCUUGCAGAGGGCAAGAUUUUGUCUAUCUGGAUGAUUUUGUUUGUGGUGUUAGUUUUGUUGCCUUCAAUGUUUAGAGUGUCAUUGGGGAUAUCUCAUUUCUAUGUGAAAACUGUAAUUAAAAUGUUAGAGUGGGCCACCCUGCAGAUUGAGGAGGGAGUGAAAAAGCGGAAGGCGCUGGCACUUGAAAAUUUAAUUUCGACUGGGAUCAUCCAGAGAGAGGAAACAUCCAUGGAAGAGGAGAUUGCUGGCCAGUGGCAUGGAUGCUUCAACCUUGCUGAUGUUAUGUACUUCUCCAAGAAGGGCUGUGAGGCAGUUGCAGAAGACGAAGUCACCCGACGGUUCUCCUCUGAGGAGCUGGUGUCCUGGAAUCUCCUCAGCAGAACCAAUGCCAACUUGCACCAUGUCAGCUGGCAGCUGACAGUUGUGUGGGUCACUGGGAUCCUAAUUCGGUAUUGUCUCCUGAUGCCUUUUCGCGUCUGCUUGGCUGUUUUCAACAUCCUCUUGCUGGUCUUCACCACUACAGUAGUAGGACAGUUUCCAAAUGGCAGAGUUAAAUGCUGGCUGAGCAACCAGGUUCAGAUGAUAUGCGCCACAUUAGGUGUCCGAUGUCUGGGUGGUCUUGUUCAUUUCCAUAACAGGGAAAACAGACCGCAGGAAGGAGGCAUCUGUGUAGCCAACCACACAUCUCCAUUAGAUGUUCUAAUCCUGGCCAGUGAUGGAUGCUAUUCCUUGGUUGGCCAGGCGCAUGGAGGGCUUCUGGGGCUUAUUCAAAAAUCUUGCAUGCAAACCAGUCGGCAUGUUUUGUUUGAGCGCUCAGAAAUGAAAGACCGUCAUCUGGUGAGGAAAAAAAUUAGAGAACACAUUGCAGAUAAGGCCAAAUUACCCAUUUUAAUUUUCCCAGAAGGUACCUGCAUAAACAACACAACAGUAAUGAUGUUUAAGAAGGGAAGCUUUGAGGUAGGAGGGACCAUCCAUCCGGUAGCAAUCAAGUAUGACCCCCGCUUUGGAGAUGCAUUCUGGAACAGCACAAAGUAUUCCAUGAUGACCUAUAUUUUUAAUAUGAUGACCAGCUGGGCUAUUGUCUGUAAUGUGUGGUACCUGCCACCAAUGGUCAAAGAGGAACAAGAAGACGCUGUUCAUUUUGCCAACAGAGUCAAGGCUGUGAUUGCUGCUCAGGGAGGAAUGUCUGUCCUUCCUUGGGAUGGGGGACUGAAAAGGAAGAAGAUCAAAGAGUCUUUCAAGGAAGAGCAACAGAAAAAAUAUUGCCAAAUAGUAAUACAAAAUGAAUCUGUGGGAGAUUAA